AGCUUCCAUGUCCCUGGGGACCGACUCCCAGGGAAACCAGAAUGCCAUCAGCGGCUCCGGCUGCCCAGGGCAACUUCACACCUCGAGCCGUGCUCUUGGGGAGAUAAGAAGUCCUGGGUGUGGCAGAGCACAAGCACAUCCAAGUGCAGGGUAGGAGUGCCGGCUGUGGGUGAGGAAACGAGGAAAAAAGAGCAAGACUUGCUUAUGCAAUAAUGCUUCUCAGGCCCUAACCUCUUCAUUCUGGUGAUGAAGGCGCCCCUCAGCCUGCAGGGGGCCCCGCUCACAGGGAUGUCUCCUUCCUGCACCGCGCGCGCCCUUGCUGCCUGCCGACGGAUUCAGACCAGCCGAUGUGCCGCGUGGGAAGUGAUGCUUGCGGAGCAGCCCCGGUGCCCGGACCCGGAGACUGAACAGUGAGCCGUAAACGCGCAAAACCCCUCGUGCGGCCCAAGCCUCGCGCUGUGCUGCCUUGUAGCCGUCCACGUGUUCACUCAUUCGUUCGACAGACUUCACAGAGCUUCUACGAAGUGCCAGCGUGUCCCGAGUGAGGGCACACAGGGCACCCCAGACACAGCCCCGAAUGCUUGUGGUGGAGGGGACCAGCACGCCGGCCAACGGUGCCCCAGCGUGGAUGCCCUUGACCGGCCAGAACAGCGCCAGUCGGUCAGCCGUGCGACCAGCCCCACCCCUGUGGCUACAGGGUGCUGUCAUCGGCGCCUCGGCCACCAGAGCUCCAGGGCCACACCUGCCUGCCUGCCCACACAAGGAGGCCGGCUCCGGUUACGCUGUCCCUCGUCACGCCGCUCCGGGCCUGUCCGUACCUGCUCCGCGCACCCAGGACUGCCUGAGCCCCUCCUUGCCCUUCCCUCUGCGGACCCCCCAGGCCUGGGAAAGGGCUUCCGGAGCAGCGGCCGAGUGUCACCUGGGCGUGGCCCAGGGCGGCAUCACCGUCCUCCGAGCAAACACCAGGCACCGCCGUCUCUGCUCUGGCCCCCCGCCGGGCGUGGCACCACCGCCCCCACAGCCACCGCACUGCUGCUGCGGGGUGCCCCCCCCGCCACUCCUGCUCCCUCCCUGCGGCCACCAGAGUGAGCGCUGAGACCCAUCGCCUGCUCUCGCUCUGGCCCCCCCCAGAACGUCGGCCUGU